CACCGGCCACCCGCUCCACGACGAUGGCGCCGCCUCAGCCCGGGAGCGCCUGCGCGAUACGCCCCGCCCCCCGAGGCGGGCUCCGCGCGCCUGGUGGCGUCGUCACGCGCGCGCCGGAAGCGCCGUGAUGCGGGGCCGGCUGCUGCGCGUCUGGCGGGAGGGGGUGAAGGCGGCGCGCGGGGCGGCGGGGCGCGCGGGGACGCGGCCGCCAUGGCGGGUCUUGUUCUUCGGUACCGACCGCUUCGCCGUCACCGCCCUACGGGCCCUGCAGGCCGCCAGGGAGCCCAGCGAGGACUUGCUGGUGUCCAGGCUGGAGGUGGUGACGCUGCCCUCCCACCUGCCCGGGGACCUGCCCGUGAGGAGCUGUGCCCGGGAGCUCCAGCUGCCUGUUCACGAGUGGCCACACACGGGACCCGUGGGGCAGUUUGAUGUGGGCGUGGUGGCAUCGUUUGGACGUCUCCUAAGUGAGGAACUUAUUCUGCAGUUCCCAUAUGGCAUCCUGAACAUCCAUCCCAGCUGUCUCCCGCGGUGGCGUGGUCCUGCACCAAUAAUCCACACGGUGCUUCAUGGUGAUAAAGUGACUGGGGUAACGAUUAUGGAAAUAAGACCAAAAAGGUUUGAUGUUGGUCCAAUUAUUAAACAAGAAGAGUUCGCUGUUCCUCCCCGCUGUACUGCAAAGGAGCUGGAAGUGAUGUUAUCAGAGAUGGGUGCAAGCAUGCUGAUAUCAGUUUUGAAAAACUUGCCUGAAAGUUUAAAAAAUAAAAAAGAGCAACCAAAAGAAGGAGUAACAUUUGCUCCUAAAAUAUCUGUAGCUAAGAGUUGUAUAAAAUGGGAAGAACAAACAGCUGCACAAAUAAUUCAACUGCAUCGUGCAAUAGGAAGUAUGUUCCCUUUACAGACACUCUGGAAGGGCACUGCUGUUAAACUUCUGGACUUCGUGGAAGUGGAUAAUAUCCCCGGUUUUACUGAUCAAGUAUUAAAUGAUUGUGGAGCUGUUCCUGGUUCACUCCUAUACCAUAAAGCGUCCCAGACAUUGAUAGCUUGUUGCAAGGAAGGCUGGGUUGGAAUCAAAACAGUCGUAUUAAAGAAGAAGCUCACAGCAGUUGACUUCUACAAUGGAUAUAUGCACUCUUGGUUCCAGCAGAACGCAAGAACAGUUCAUCGGGAAUGCAGAUUUCAGACACUCAAACUUAGCACGGCAAAAAAGACUCUGAAACAGAGGGAAAUAUUGGCACAGGAUAUAAAGCAAUAGAUGUAUUUUAAAAUGUGGAAGAAGAUGGCUGUUUUCUGGAACACACGAUCCCCCGAGAAACCCAAGCCUAUGAAUCAGAGUCAAAAACUGGAAACAACAGCAAGGUGGAAAUCGGGCUCCUGUGGAGAAUUCCUUUUGUCUCUGGCCACAGACUCCCAGGUGCAGUUUGUGCUGCAGAAGUUACAAAACUGGCAAGUUUGCUUCCAAGUAAAUGAUCUAUUUUUGUGCUUUGUUCUCACCUCCUACUUGCAAGUAAAGGUUGUGAAGUCAUUUUGCUGGUAUACUGUUGAGGUUGAUCUAUGGAAGGUUAGUUACCACUUAAUGCCAACAGAAAGGAGGGUGGGCGAGUGGUUUUGUUUUUUUUUUUUUUAUGUGUUUGUGGGGAUGGUCAUUGAAUUUGGGGUUUUUUUUUUUGGGUUUUGUUACAUUUCUGGUCUCAACUAUAUGGCUGCUUGCCUUGUGUUUUUCCUGCUGGAGCUUCUGGGAAUUUUCCAUCAGUUGUUUUUAAAGAACACUCCUAGGCAUCAUUGGAAUUCAAUAUUUGUUUUUUGCUGAGGAUAAGGACAUUUUCUCUAAAGUUCCUUCCCCACAGACAGUGAGGUUUUUGACACUAAUCAGCUGCAUGUUGGGGUCUGGCCUCAGGCAUGGAUUAUAUCAGAAUUGAAUUAGCAGUGGAAUGACUAUACAAAAAAAACCCCAAACAGCAAACCCACCACCAGAACUUACAGAUAAGUCUAAAAUGCUUUAUCAUUUGUGCUUAAAAUUAUGAGAAAUAUUUGAGUUAUCUGUUAGUAUGGGUCAACCCAACUGUUCAGAUGUACCAGGUCCCCAGGCACUGGAAGGUGAAUUGUGGUUCAUUAUGACCUGAGCAAAAUGAAGGGUGAGAUGUGACUCCCACAGAAAGAAGACAGUAUCAAAAGUUCAGGCAACUUAAGGUUAAAAGCGUUUAGAUGACCAAACUGUGAAAUCAACUGCUUUGUUCCUAGGAAUGACUUCUGAGGAAAAUUCCUUCAAGGCUCUGUAACUCCUUUACUUUUGUGAACCUGCUCUGACAUCACAAAGUUUUAGCAAUGAACUAUAUCUCUGUCCUUGGCAUCUCCAAAAUGACAUGAGGCAAAGCACCACUGUUAUAACUUGCACAUUGUGCGAGAUCUAGUGCAGUUAGUCAUUGCUGGCAGGUGGUAAUUUCAGUUUUAACUAAAACAUAAAGCAACAGCUAAGAAUUUCGCUGUGUCUUUGGGAGAGUUUGAGGUCACAUGUGCACAGAAACCCUGUAGAUGGUGCUCACUGCGUCUCUUUUAGGGAAAAGCAGGGUCAGCUGGGCAGAAAACCAUGAAAAUCUGGUUCAGAAUGUCUUCAGUUAGUUGUUUAAUACCAAAUAAUGUCUAAACCAUAUUGUAGCCAGGAUACAUAUACUUGUAACUUAAUCUUUUGACCUAUGCAACAUUUGCUUUAAGGCUUCUCAGAAUUGCUUUCUAUGCAAGAUGUUAUCAAAGAUUAGGCAGUUCUUUGUUGCUUAACAGUUAAUGUCCUAGCUCUGAAUGCGCACAACAUUACUGCAGUUGUUUUAUGGAGGAAAAAAGGGUAAGAUUUUCUUUUUUUCUUUUAAUGGAGGAUAUCUUUGGCAUGCUAUUUUUGGCAUGGUAAAGAAGCUUUAAAGGGAAUUGGUGUUCCCCAAGCAGCUCUUAGCCAAAAUGUCUCUUUGGAAACUUUACUUUCACCUAGCUCUGCAGGGAUUUAACUUGGUAGGCAGAGAAAAUCUGAUUAUUUUUGCAGAACAGACAAAACAAAUAAGGGGUAUUCACUGAUGAGGUGUGGAAUAGCAUGUCAGGGUUGACUCUGGAACACAGACAUGGUGAUUCAGUCCCCAGUACCGCUGCUGAGGUCAAGUACAGCCACCCUAGCAAUUGGAAAGUCAUACUAGCAAAAUAAAACAGCUGUCCUCGGAUGAGAGAGGAGAAGUAGCAGAGGUAUUCGUAGACCCAGCGUCCACUACAGCUCAGUUUAAGACCGCUGAAGCCAGAUUGCUGGUAGAACUGCAAAAUGUUUGGGCACCAGAAGGGCUCUGGUGUUGGAUAGGGAUGAUUUCAUCUUGGAUUUCAAAUAAGUGUUCAAGGGAGUGAUAUUUCCUAGGAUGCUGGUGACUCGCAGUUGGAUGCAUCUGUUUCAUAAUGUGAAACCUCACUACUCCCCCUGCUUCCUAGGAAACCUUUUUAUUCCUGUUUUCUGCUGAGUAAAUUACAAAAAAAAACCAAAAAGUGUAAGUGACUACUCACAGCAGUACUUGAGUCUUCUUAAAAAAAGUUGCUUGCAAAAUCCCUGAAUAAUUUGAAGAUUGAGACUAGACAAGAAUAUCUCCUCUUUUGUUUACCCUAACUGCUGGUGCCUAAUAGCUUCUUAGAAGCAAUAUUUUCCCUUUCUUAAGAACAGGAGGGAAAGGUCACCAGAUCUAUCUGAGGGCUAGAAACUGAACGACCUUAGUGGAAGAUGCUUUGCCUUUAGCCCCAAACCUGCUGAUGCUGAGGAGCCAGGUCUCCUGCUUCGGGCUGUUUCUCGAGGUUGGUGGUCGGAAGGCAAAGGCUGAGGGAGGAGCCGAGUCACAGCCUUUCUGCAUUCCUCCAGCUGAUGCUCUCCUUUGAUAUGUGGGAGCGUGGGUUUGGUUUCAGGUUGCAGAAAGGACACUGACCAUAAGCAUGAGCUGGAGAAGUCAGAACGGACAUUGACCUAGAGUGUGAAAAUUGUGUGAGCGCUGGGUGCUUGGACAUGCUGUAACUUUUCUCCUAGACAAGACUUUUGUAAUGUAUUUGGCAUGGUGGCUCAUCAGUAACAACAAAGUUAGCACUGAGUGGUGGUUGUUGAGCCAAGGUUGUUUUCUGAUGAUAGUGCUUAAGCACCCGCGUUUGGAACCUCUGUCUUGCUCUGUGUCCAACAUAUUCUGCCAGCAGCCUCCUCCGAGAGCUCAGAGGCUCCGAGAGUGCGGAGAUUAGUUUGUUCCUCCAAGUCAGAGUUAAGCUGCAGUGGGGGACAGACUGGGGGAAACACAGAGAUCUUCUUUCUGUUUCAUGAACAGGCAGAAUUUCAGGCUGUAGCACUGUGACCAUUUAAUUAAUGUUAAACAGCCAUUUCUCCCCAAAAAGAAGAGCCCUGUACCCCGCUGUGUUUGGCUCUGGCAAGCCCACAUGCGGCACAGGGACCAGAUCCCAAGCCUGCUUUCAUGCGUGUAUGUCUUGGGCUGGUCUGCAGAAGUCAUUUGUGUUACUUCACCCUCCAAGUGAUGAAACUAAGUUGGGGAUUUGGCUGGCUAGAUGCAGAGGAGGAGGGGAACAGAGGGAAGAGACAUUUCUCUGUGAGUCUGCAGCACAAGCCAAGAGCUCUGUGGGAAGGUCCCAGCUAAUGCUCCCCACUGGAUGACCUGGCCCCAGCUCAUGCCAAGCCCUUGCAGCAGACUAAACACAAAAGAAAACAGAGUCUAAAUCCAUUGGUAUGAAGCGGAUAUGCCAGAGUGUUCCACAGCUCUUCCUUUUCUGCUUCUCUUUGGUAGCUGUCAAUUUGCAUAAAAACAUGGAUUAUUAAGGUUUGUUUUGUUUGGGUUUUUUACAUUUUUAAGCCUAAUUCAGGCUUAUUCCUGCACAGCUCUGCAUUUAAUGCCUGGGAUGCCCUGCGUCACAUCCGAGAACCUUUCCAAAGCUUGCUAAAUGCUACUGAAAGAUUCCCCAUAACAUUGAUAGGCUGUAGGUAAGACAGUAUAGACCUAAAACUGUCUUCAUACCCAUAGGAGGUGAUCAGGUAGGGGAGAGAAAUCCAUACUUGAAUGUGUGUUAAAAUUCCAGUUUUCAUCCAGUAGCACUGCCCACAUUUUUGUGAUCUCUCAGUGGAAAUUUUGAUGUUGGAGGCUUGCUGGCUUGCCUGCACCCCAAACAUUUAUUGUGGGUGUUUGGGUGUAAACAAAGGAUGUCUGUGCUGGUGAGGUCCUCAGCUCUGCUCUAGAAGUGGUGGGGGUUUGAUAGGGCUGCUUAAUAAGUCACUUGGAGAUGGAUCACUGUCUGACCACUUCUGUGGCCAUCUGUACUUUGAGCUAAGAGCAGCUUCUUGCCCAACAGCAUCCUGCUUGCUGCUGCUGAAUCUGGAGGGAAGCUUGUCUUCUCCCUGUCCCUGCAUCUCCCAGCCCAGCUCUUUAUUGCCUGGUUUCCUAUAAUCUUUGAAGCUCUCUUCCCAGCCCUCUUUGCCCCCAUCUUGUCCCACCAUGGGAGCACUGCUGCUGCCUCCUUAGUUCAUCCCUUGCCGUGACCUUCUGCUCUGCUUUUCGCAGCAUUACCGCAGACUCUCCACAUCUCCAAGCUGGGGGAAGAUUCCCUGACCGCAGCACACCAUGGCCAAGCCUUGGACCUGGGGAAGCACCCAGGUACCCACCAAACCCCUCACCCAUCUCAGUCUCACAUUGAUAAAGCUGUGACCUGUUUGCGAACAGACAAGUGAAAUUUUGUGGGUUAUUCUUUGGUCAGCUCUAAGCCUGGUUUACUUGGGUGUGUCAAACACAAAAGCAACAUAGCAUUGUCAAAGUUACAAAAUUACGUUUUUUAUUAACCUACCCUAUAACAGAGCGUGGAUUUUCUUGGCAAAUAAUGCAAGAAGCAAGAGAAAACUGUAGUUUUAUCUGUAUGGAGCCUACAAAUCCAUGGCUUCUCUGUGCUGUUGAGCAUGUGAGUUCUUAGAAAUGCAGCUUCUGGUAGUUUAGCUUGAAUACAGUCAUUCUAAACCAAGCUAGAAAUAAAUAAAAUACUUACAUUUCAAGUACAAAACCUUGCAGUUGAAUUCAGUAUGAGGAAAUCAGUUUAUUCCUUUUUGUGUUACUGACUACUGUACAGGUACUUGGGCUGGCAAAGUCUGCAGAUGCAGAACAGAAGAAUGUUUUAUGUACAUGACUUAAUUGAAUUAUGUGUUUAGUCUUCCCUUUACACUAUCUUGUGAAGCUGUUUAAUGUCAGGCAGAAAGAAGAUUUUUAUAGAUGCAUUUAUUAAGACAUGAACCCACUACUGCUACUGGCCCCAAUUUUUUUGCCUUAUGUCUUUCCUUUCUGCUGGGGGAAACAAAAAGAGUGCACUUUAAUUAUGUCUCAAAAAUAAUGACACCUACCAGCUUUGAAUUAGAUUAUUAGCAGGUAGAUGUUACUUUCAAAUUAUAUUUAAUGAAGUGCGAGCAACUUUACUGAGGCUCCUAUACAGCUCUAGUAUGAGGGAGAACGUUAACCUCUCGUCGGGGUCCUGCUUUGGGGGAUUCGGCGACUCGCCGGCUGCCGUCGGUACGCGGGGCUCUCCCCUGGCAGAACCAGGAUGGACUGCUGGCCCGAGUUCCUCUGGGACUGGAAGAUGCUUUGCUCUGCCGCACUCCUCUCCGAACAGGUGAAAGUCAACCCAACGCCAACAUUGCUCUUCAUGGUUCUGGAGGUGCCGUCAGACGUGCCGUCGAAACACCUGCCCAGGGCGAUUUCCUUGGCGAUUCUCGGGUCUUGGUCAGUGACGGUGUAGAUGCCAUAGUUGUGCCCCAGCGGGUCGAGAGGAGCCAGCAUUGUGUACUCGCUGGAGUCGUUGUUGGUAGCCAUGGGGAGGUGGUUCACCAGGUACUCGUGGAGCAUGCUGUUGACACUCUCUCGGCGGCAGCUGCCUUGGGGAACCACCUUCACGAGCGUGCGGUCCACGCGGUCUUGGUCAAAGAGCAUGCCGCUGCACUUGAACUCCAGGCAGGCUGCCGACACGUCCGGCUGUGUGGGGUCACGGAUGCUGCGGACGUCCCUGAUGCCGUAGAGCUUGCCGAUGGUCCGCGGGUGCGUCCCACCCAUGUUACGAGACCUUACGUUCACCUCUUGGGGUCCGUUUAUUUUUACUUUAAUGUAGCAGGCUCUAAAUUCCAUGGGCUUGGGCCACCAUGCCAGGUAGUCAUCGGUCCAGCUCAUGAGGUCGUCUUCACUGAAAGGAACGGUGUUGUAGUCAUAUCUGUCUCCCUCUAUCCUGUAAAACCUGAAGUGAGCAGCGCUUUGUGGAGCUUCCUCACACUCUCUUAGGUUUUCAUAGGCAUAAAUAGGACCGUUGUUCUCUUCUGGGGAAUUAGGGCUUGGCUUGGCCAUGUUUAUGCUGAACGCUGUUUUCUUAGUGCUGGAGUCCUCGUGGUCUGUUCUCUUGUAGUUGAGCUUGUUGAGAUAUGGUUGUGGGACCCCGAUAGCGUUAGGGUU